ACAGCAUCUGUUCGUCGUCGUUCUGAUGGGUGAGGGGGAGUCAUCUGCCUUGCCCUUCACUGGUUUGGUAGGGGAAAGAGAGGGAGAAUCAGGGUCUGCAGAAGGAAUCGUCCUUAUGCCCGGUUGCUACGAUGCCCUCUCUGCAGCCAUUGUACAGAAAUCUGGCUUCUCGGCCGGAUUCAUCUCCGGCUACGCCCUUUCCGCCUCGCUCCUUGGCAAGCCCGACUUCGGCCUCCUCACGCAACCUGAGAUGGCGGAGAAAGCACGGUUCAUCUGCGCCUCUGCCCCAAACAUCCCAAUUAUCGCUGAUGCUGAUACUGGUGGAGGUAAUGCUCUCAACGUGCAAAGGACUGUGCAGGACUUGAUUGCAGCAGAUGCUGCUGGAUGCUUUCUUGAGGAUCAAGCAUGGCCAAAGAAGUGAGCCGCAGGCACUUUUGGAUAAAUGUAAGGGCGGAUGCAUUCAGUGGAGGAGUUGGAGCACAAGUCAAAGAUCUAAAUUGACACAGGGUUGCCCUUUCAAGCAACCACACUUUAGGAAUUGUUUAGUUUUCAACUUCUGUAAUUAAACUAGUAGCAUCACUCUUGAAGAACCUUUUGACUUGUUUCUAUUUGAGGUAGUAAAUGUGCAUUUUUUGGUCUAACUUAAUAUCCGUUUGUUCCCUGUGUUCGAUCAUUACUUCCCACUUAUUGGACUCUUAUUUUUCUCACACUGCACAAAACUGCUAGUUCCACCAGUGAUUUUGCAGAGGUUAGGGACUGACUUUUGUAUGGUUUGUGGGUCAAAGUUGGGUAUUGAACUUGACACUCUCAAAGUUUCAGAAUUUUUGGACUGAAGUUAUAAAAUUGUUACUAAACUGUUUCCUGUUAACUUGGUGCAGGAACUCAGAAUUUCCAAAUUUUACCUUUCUGCUCGCCAAAUUGGAGCUCUAUAGAUGAGGUUGUUGUCAAGCUUGAAUGUUCCAAUGAAUUGUCGUCUUUGCAUUGAAAUACAGGCAGCUAAGCCACAAUCGUUCUUGAUAGUUUUGAACAUUGCUAGAGAAUUUUGAACUACCUGGAAUGGUUGAGGAGAAAUGUAAGGGAUGGCUGACAAACACUUUUGAGGCUCUAUAAAAUGCAAAAUCUUAUGUUUAGCCUUAA